CUAGCGGCGGUCGCACACAAUGUACUAACCGAGUACUCACAUAAUACUGGCCCAGAGCUAGACCAUGGCCUCCCUCUCUUCCCUCCUGUUUGCGUCGGCUUUCCUCCUUGCUGGCUCAGCCUUCUUCUACCGCUAUGACGCCGACAGCCGCAACAAGACUGGCGGCACAACCACCACGCACCUUCACUUCUACAUGCACGACGACUACACAGGCCCUCGACCCACCGCGAUGCGCGUCGUGUCCGGGCGGAGCGUGUCCACCGGCGACAACGCCACGGUGCUGAAGACCGCGCCGCGGCAGUUUGGCGACAUCGUGGUGCUCAACAACGCGCUGACGGCGGGGCCCAGCGGCGGCAGCGCGCGGGUGGGCACGGCACAGGGUUGGGCCGUCCGCGUGUCGGAGGGCGGCAUCAUCUCGGACCUGACGCUGCACCUGGUCCUCGAGGCCGGCGAGCACCGCGGCAGCUCGCUGACGGCGAGGGGCCGCAUCGACAUGGACGCCACGGUGCGGGAGUCGGUGCUCAUCGGCGGAACCGGCCGGUUCCGGUACGCGCGGGGCUACAUGCUCACCAAGAACUACGACUACAGCCUCGCCACCGGCGGCGUCGUGGAGAUCGACGUCUACGUACAGGAAGACUAGCUAGGCGCGUCGCCCGCUACUAGUAUAUUUUUGCUUCCUUCGUAUUUGCGCGGCAUGCGCGUAUGACCGCAUGCGUUCGAGUAAUAAUGUUUGUUGUACUAGUUCUUUUUUUUCGCUUUUACUGAUUUGCAAGAUACACACGUAGUGUAUAAUAGCGCGUUGCCCGCCGGCACGUCUUCCCCAAUGAUGGAAGGAACGUCUCAAUAAUUAGAUGAAGAGUUAUAUGUGUCUCAAUAAUGAAGAGUUAGAUGCGGUUUAGAA